ACAAACAGGGCCGCCGUGGGCCCCUCAAUAUUUUAUAAAAAAUUAAAAUCCAAAAAAAAACCUUCACGAAUUUAGAGGUGAUGUAUCGGGAAGUUAUAUUAUGACCUAUUAGGUGGCCUGGCAGAAGUGACAGCGGAGUGCCAUGGCACUAUCUGAAGAAGUUAUAGCCUUGGUACACGACUUGUCCAGCGCGGGGGUAGCUGUCACUCUGAUUGGUGCACCGACUAGGAAUCCUGAAGCUUCAAAAUCAGAGCAUUCAAAACUAAGUCAGUCAGACUGCAAUUCAAACGACCCAACGAGAGAAAUACCUAGUGACGACGCAAGCAUUUCCCAAGAUAGAGACGGUAAGAAGCAGAAGUACAGCUCUAUGUCUGCAGAAGUAUGUCCAACAAGAGAUAGAGAAAUACUACAGAAGAAAUUGGGAAAGAAGGUUGAUGUCAGAUAUAUGAAUGAGAUAAAAAGCAUCAAAGAUAGGAUUAAGCAAUCGCUCACCUGCAACCAGGAGCAAUGCCCAGCAAUCCAGGAGAGGUUGACCCAACACCAGCUUGAGCAUCAUAGGAGGACGAUCGAUUACGCUUGCGGCACCCGCAUGAGGAUUAGGGAUCAAGCUAUCAACGUCUCCCCGACACUUUCAAGAAUGAGGCUACCCAAAUUCACUUUACCCUUAAAUGAGGAGGGACGCACAGUUCAGACUGAUAUAACGCUGAAUGACUUCAGCCCAAACCGUUUCUCUAGCCCUAAAUCAAUCAACAAAAUAACCAGUGACUUUGCAAGUUCCGAAAUACCACUACGAAAAACCGAAACCAGAGAAGUACUGCCAAAAAGGAACUUUUAUAAAGAACAUUUACAAAAUGAAAUAUUGAACUGGCUACAUCAUGUUCCCAUGUUUUAUUCACUUAAUUUUACUACUAAAGAUAUUAAAGAAAACAUCGUCAACAAUUUAGCAGAAAAAAUUAAUACACUAUCGGUUGACGCCCGCGAUGCUAACUAUGAAUUAAAGACGAAAAUUGAAAUUGAGAAUUGCCUGAGUAGACUACCAAUGUGGCUACACGGGUCCAAACAAGACCAACAACUAUUCAAAGAAGGUUUAAGAGAAAAACUGUGGAAUAAAAUACAAGGACUCAAUGAAAACUUCUUAGGAAUUAAAUACGAAAAAUCUGUAGGAUUUGACAAUGAAUUGAAAAACAUCAAAUCAAACGAAUCUUAUGAAAAGGAAGUGAUUGACUGGUCUUCAAGGCUUGUUUUAGAUCCUGACAAUACUGUCAACAAACGAAAAGUCGCGGAACUAAUCAUGAAAAGACUAUCUCCAUUGCUAAAAAUACCACUUCAUACUACAAGUUAUAAGCUAAUUUUAAAAGGAGAAAUAAUUGAUAUUUUAGAUGAUUUACCGUUAUGUCUAUCGUGCCCAAGAUACAGAACUGUGCAUUUAAAUAGAUUUGCUGAAGAACUUGCCAACAGACUACUAAGUAUACAAAUAAAACGGGAGUCAUUAGGACAUAGAAAACCUGGAGCAGAAACUUCUGUUUGCCAUCAAUACGUUAGUCAAGUAUUGGGCCUACCAAUACCUAAAUCGAUUUGUAAUUUAAAAGAACUUAUAUCGAAUCGAGUCGGUGAAUGCUUAGACAAAGUACCGGUAUGUCACCGAAAUGACCUGAAAUCUGAAAUCUGUUUAACAUUCUUGGAUUCUUCGAAUCGUCUUCGUACAGGCGAUGAUAUAAGUAUCAAAGAUGAAAUUUGUCAAUAUUUACGAGACACGGGGAAACUUGCUGAGGAUAAAACACUUAAUGUAGCCAAAAUGAUAAUCAGACAGGUAAAAGAGGUUUUAAAAGAGGCAAGAAACUCUACUACUACCAGCUUUGAUUCCGUCAUGCCACAACUUUCGGGGACAAUAUCAGUAUAUAGGUGGGGAUCAAAUCAGCCUGCGGCAACAUCUACUCCGAAAAAGCCAAGCAUUAAAGAAAUACCCAAGCUAAGCGCCGAAGAAAGAGCUUACAUGGAUAAAGUAGCAUAUGAAAUCCGAAAAUGGAUGGUUACAUUACCAGUACAAUUCAAUGAGAAUAAUGAGUUCAAGGAAACUGCUAUCUACGACUUGGCAGGCGAUAUUAUGGACCAUUUAAAAAUGGAACAACUUGCACCAGAAACAUUUACUGAAAAAGAUAAAUACCAAAACUACAUUAUGUACAGAUGGUUGUACAAAUUUAACAUCUUUGAUGAAUUUAAUAUACGAGCCGAAGCUAAACCUUUUAUAGCAGAAUUCUUGAAGCAGUUAAGGUUAAUUCCAGUACCAAAGUUGACAUUUUCUCAACAUGGUACUCGUCAAGCCAUGGAGAACAUAAAACACAUGGAAACUGAACACGGUUGGGAAGAAGACUUUGUACCAAAAGGCAUUGAUGUUCUGGAAGAUCAGAUAUCAGUAUGGAUGAAUGAACAACCUUCAGAAAUUUACGUUCAUAUAGAUAAAGCUAAGCGAGAUAAACAAAUCCACGAAUUAGCUCUGCGUCUUCAAGAUCGUCUGCGCAAUAAAAGCCCUGGAUAUGAAAUACACAACGACAUCAAACAAUGGCUCGAUGGAGUCGUAGUUCCAGUAGAAAAGGAACACAUCGGUUUAUUGUCCGAGAAUCUUAAAGAGAAAAUUAUUCAUGUACCUCAAGAUCGAACUUUAGAGGCCAGACACGAGGAAAGAAAACGUGAGAUGGCUGCGAAAAUAGCAGCAAAACUACAAAUGAGAUCAGGCUCAAAUCCAGUGGAACAAAAAGUGGGUAACUUAGGAAACAUAGAAGGAGAUCCCGAUAGAAUAAUAAGAGAGUUUAUUUCAAAAUACAUAGAGCAUUACUAUGACAUUGAUGAUCCAAUGGCAAGAGGCGCUUUUGCUCAUUUACUCAUAACUGAACUAAGAAAAUUAGCUCCAGUUAUUAGAGAAGAAGUUUACGAAAAUUUUGAGAGACAGAUAUCACACGAGAACUUUAGAUCAGGGAAAUUGAAGAAUGAAUUAGAAUACAUUAAGACAUUAUCAGACUGGCUUAGGGCCAUACCAAUAGAAGCGUCUUAUAAUAGCCCCACUAACAGAGACCGUAUUGACUUUAUAAACGAUCUCGCUAAGAAUAUACUAGAAAUAGAAGAGCAGAGGAAUGCGAACCCUGAUGCAAUGGAGUACAACUACCUCAUGGCAUCGAUGAUACUCCAAAGUAUGCAUACAUACGGGCUACCAGUACUACCUGAACACAGAGAUAAUACGCCGUUAAUGGUGGAGCAAUUAAUGCAGAAACUUGUGCAAAUUAGAACAGCUCAGGCGCUUAAUGCGUCUCCCCUUGUAAGUGCACCACUGUCAUCAGAUGACCGAUUCUUAAGUCAAUCCUCAAACAUAAGCGACAUAAAAGAACAGGAUCUAAACGAGUUCAUAAACGAUUAUAUUCGCGUUAAUGGUAGAGAAAUAGCAGACGAUGAAGUUAAGUUAGAAGCCUAUACAGCACGUUUGAUGAAAGAAAUACAAAAACUGGUCGAAGAAGGCAUUGAUCCCCAAAAAUUAACUAAAGCCCAAGUCUAUGAAAAGUUUGCCAGAGUUUCUAUUCCAACAGAAGAAUGUGUUAAACGAUAUUGCCUAGAAAUCCACUACGUCAAAGAAAUAACAGAUUGGUUGAAAAAUCUUCCUUUACUACCAAUAAAGCACCAAUUUUAUUUAGAAGAAGAAAGAAUAAAAAUGAUAAGUGAAUUAGCUGAGAAGAUGUGUGAUACUGACGCUUACAGAAAAGAACACCCAAAUGACAAAACUGCUGAUAAACUGUUAGAUAAUUAUAUCACUAAUUGGAUAUCAAGGUUACCGCUAGAUAAAACCAAAGUGAUCAAUCGACCAAUCCUCAUCGAACAGUUGAUGAGUAGGUUAGACCGAAGUAAAACUGAUCCAGUAUUGCGUGUAGUCGAGCAAGAAACAAACGUGGUCAUAACAAAAUCCCUAAAUAGCGCUGAUGAUAACAAAACAAUUACAACUAAUGGACAUACACCAAGAAAUAGCACUGGUGAUUACAAAACAAGUUCAAUGAAUGUACAAAAACCAAGAAAUAGCGCUGAUAGUUACAAAACAAGUACAAUGAAUCUCCAAAAACCAAAAAAUAGUGCUGAUAGUUAUAAAACAAGUACAAAUAAUCUCCAAAAAUUAAGAAAUAGCUCUGAUGAUAACAAAAACAGUACAACUUAUGUCCAUAAAUCAAGAAAUAGCUCAGAUGAUUACAAAACAAGUACAACCAGUCUCCAAAAACUAAGAAAAUUUGUUGGAAAAGCAGUAAGUAAUGAAAGUGUGACUUCUAAAGGAAGUAAAGACUCUAAGACUCCAGCAGAAAUAAUAGUUGAAGCCAUAGAAAACUGGUCAAACAAGUUACCAAUAAAGGGAGAUAACAAUGAAGAAAUCAAGAUGAUGAAGGAAAGUAUAGCUAGGAGAUUAUACCAAAAAACCGGUGAACUAAAUGUUGAUCCUUUAAUCUUUAACGACGACUUACUUUACCGAGAAAUGUUAGGAGAUGAAAUAGACACACAGUUGGAAAAUGUACCACAAAAUCCUGAAUUGCAGAUGGAUAGAGAAAAGUUAAAAGAUGGGUUAUUGAAAACUAUAAUGGAAACCAACAAAAUUAUGAAGGAAAAGUCAGCAGGUGACAACUACAGGCAUAAAUUGGAAACUACUAUUGAUGCUUCGAUUCCACACCCCGUUCAAUCUAUACAAACAUAUGACCCAGGAUUUGAAAUGUACAAAAAUCAUUUAGCCGACAUGUUCAUAUUAGAGAACUUUGACCACGCAAACAAUGACGUCAAAGCAACUUAUGAAAAAAGAAUCAGACAUGAAAUUGAUAAACAUUUCGUAAGCGCACAAAAUAAGAAUGCUCUACCUUUGACAAGAGACGAGAUUUACAAUGAAAUUUACAGUGUCCUGUUCAAAGUUCCAAUGCCUAAUGAAAGUUCAGUAAUUGAUGAAGUUGAACAAAUCAAAACAAGAUGUAUCAUAGAUGAGUGGUAUCAAGAAUUACCUGUACUGCCAACCGAUAAUAUAAACGAGCUGCUGGAAAGAGACAAAAUUCUCUCCACACUUGCAAAGAGAAUACACGAAACAGAAAAGCGACUUUCUAAAGAUGAAUCAACGCAUAGAGAAAUAGUCAAAUGGCUUGAAAAGAUUCCUCUAUUACCAGAAAAUAUAGGAAGAGACGUCUAUGCAAAUCAAUUGCAGGAUGCCUUGAAAUCAAGUGCCUCUUCCAGAAAGUAUGUUCCUUCAGACCCGAAAGCAGUUAAAGGAAAAAGCAAGAAAGAGAAGAAGGAGAAGAAGGAGAAAAAGUUAUCCAAGGAUGGCAAUUUAAGUCAAAUACCUGGACCCAGUGCUGCUCUUCAGUCAAAAUCAACCACUGCGAAGCCCUGUCUGCUAGUCAGUCCGAUGGUGCACAAGAAACCGGGAGAUAUAAUAGUCGAAGUGGUAGAAGAGUGGUGUAAUCAAUUGCCACUAAUAUCAUCUGAGGAAAACAACAAAGCUAUCAGAGACAACAUAUCAACUAGAAUUAUAAUUCAAAUAAGUGAAUUAAAUAUGGACGCAGAAAUAUUUAAUGACGAUGUUGUAUACGACGAGCUAUUAGAUGAAGAAAUAGAAAACGUACUGAUUAAUCUUCCUGUGGAUUCUAACUUUGAUAUAAGUAAACCGGCAAGAAAGCAACAACUCAAAGAUGUAAUAAAAUCUAUUAAACCACUCAUCAAGGAAGAAAAGGCGAAGCACGACUACAAAGAAGAACUAAAUAAUACGGUACUUUCUAUUUUGAAGGCACCUCAAGAUACAUCAGCUGACAAAACAGAUUUAUUCAACAAACUGAAAGAUGAAAUCGUUGAAAACUUUGUACAAUACAAUUAUAAUAAAAAUGAUGAGGAAGGUAGACAACUUUAUAAAGACCAAGUACAUGAUGCUGUCGUUAAAUAUUGUAUAGAAGUGCGAGAAAAAGGGACGGAGGAAGACGUAGAUCCGUUAGUAAAAAGAAAUCAAUUAUUAUGCGAAUUGGAGAAAAUACCAGUUCCUAGAGAAGCAUUAAAAGAUGAAGUAGCAGAAAUCAAAAUGAGAACUGAAGUGGCAGAAUUUUUACGAGAACAAUCUAUUCCUGAAGGGAAAACUGUAGAAAAGAUGAGGAAACACCUCGCCAAACGAUUAAAUGACAUCGAAAAAUCAGGGUAUACUCCAUCCAAUGAAAAGAAAAUGAAAGCUGAUAUAAGUAGGUGUCUGCAAAAACUGAAUAGUGCUGCGAGUCCAGAAACGGUUGACGAUUUCGUAAAUAAGCUGAAAAACAAUGAAAAAGAAAGGAAGAUCCCUCCGAUUACUAAUAGUCAAGCUGAACAUUUGAACCAAUGUCCUGGUGUCUCUGUACCUAUCCAAGUAGCAAACAGGUCUAUGUUUGUAGCUGCUCCACAAGGAAUACCUCAACACAGAGGCUUUCAACUAAGAAAAGACAAUAUAUUCUCUAACAUACCGCGAAGUGAGGAGCAUUGGCAUUCACUAACAGAAACACCGUACAAAACGUCAGAUGCCAGUUAUAACACUGCCUAUUACAAAGAUUACGAACUCGAAAGCCAACUAUGGAGUUCACAAGCAACUCACCCUUUUGACCAAUGUUUGGGCCAAUCUGACGAGAACUUCGACGACUUUGAAGGUGGAAACCUAUUGAGCCCUUCUUUAACUCCAAAUAUACAGAGGCCGGGACGUCCAAUUACUUCGGGUAAGUCUAUAAUAAGUCCUUCUGCAUCAUUUGGACGGCCAAGUUGCCAACCCAGUCAGAGAUCCAUAGGCAAGGGCAAACAACAAGCUCAGGGUCCCCGUAGCGGAAUAAGAAACGUAACAUCUGGUUCGUCGCUGUCACGACCGAGUUUCGGCCAAAUUGCAACUCCCCGACAAGUGGCUCAAAGCCCUUUUAGAAUACAGACCCCUAACCAGCAGCAUUUGGCGUCUCGAAGCGAUGUUACUCCUGAUUCCUUAUUCCAAGCGAAAGUUUCCAAACACACACCUCUCGGUCGUCCGUUACCUAUAACCGUUGUUGAACCAGUACGUAUACCUACUUCAGCUCCCUCCAUGCAUCCUCGUAGGUCUCAUGCAAAUCCAGAGGAUGCAGUGAUCUCAAGUCCUCCAGGUACUCCGAAGAAGACAGGAGGACGUCUGGGCGACUGGAGGCCUCGAGGCUUCGAUAUCUAUGAGGAAGAAGAAAUAUGUAUUUGUGAAAGAUGCACGAAAAGGGAUUGCAGAGGACUGCCAUUCUAUAUGCUGGCAAUGGAACAGUACUUUGAAGACAAUUUCGGUAUUCCGAUGUGGUUAAGCAUGCGUUUCCCCGAAUGCUUUUAUUACUAAAAUUAUUAUUUUACGAUGUUACCUCGUUUUAUUGCAAGAAUUAAAGAUUUGAAUAAUUCGUUAGCCACAUCUUGUUCAAACUAUUGCGAGUUUUG